UUGGGGUCACUACUUUGUUUUUAAAAUUGAAUCUAUCGAGAAUAUAUCCUUUUUUUACCAUCUUUGUAAACGAAAUUAAAAUUUGGAAGAAAAGACAGCUUUGGGUUAUAGAAGUAAGCGGGGGAAAUCAAACAGAAACUAAGAAGCCUCCCUCGUCUCCUCUAUGAUUUUCCUUUCAGACAUUCAAUCUUAAAGGAGUUCCUGAUAUGAACAGUAAUGACUUCUAUGGGGAACAAAAUUCAUGUUUCAUUUUUGGAAAUGAAAAAGCAGAGAAAAGUGAUGAUUUCCCUUAAGAAUAAUGUUUGAUUGAAGAAGACACCCUAAUGAAAAUCUGCGUCAGAUAAAAGUGUUCUUUCAGAAUGAAAACAAAUAAGAUAGUCCAGUGUUUCCUUCCACAGAAAUGUUUCGUUGCUUAUAUGUUCAACCAAAUUUUCCCAACAUAAUGGUAACAGUGCAGCGCAUUGGACAUUUUUGUUGCCUAAUUUUAUUAAAGAAUCUGGUUUUUUGUAAUGCUGGACUUGUGGUGACCUCUGAGUUUACUUACCAGUCUCGUUUUGACAACAUCUACUUACCGUUUCCCCUUCCACAAAUGACGACAAAGUCAGCUAGUUUAUUGAAGUGUGUAGUGGAAUUUCAGUCUUUACCUGGAUGUCAGUCUGUCCGUUAUCACGUGAUCAGUAAAGCGUGUCAUUUACUGGACUCUUGCUUGAUUUGCAACAUAGGACAGUCUGAAAUGGGCUGGAGAUAUUAUUGUCGGUUAAAAGACGAGUCUCCUAUUUCGUCGGGUACCCCAGAUAAGCAUAUCGCCUUUCAAGCCACGAUAAAUGACGAUGUUCCGGCGAAUGGGGGUGUCAUCGUCUUCAAUCAAGUGAACACAAACCUUGGACAAGGUUAUAACUUUACGUCCGGGAUCUUCACCAUCUGGCGAGAUGGUGUUUAUAUCUUUACAUGGAGCGUGCAACGUCACCCUGUCACCCGUAAAUACACCGAUACCUACCUGUUUGUGAAUGGGGAAGCUGUUGGAAAGUUGCACGAUAAAAGUGAGAACCUCGUGACAAACUCCGCCAUGUUUCACCUUAAGUCACAUGACCAAGUGUACAUCUGCAGCAGUUACACCACUUUGUAUGUUGGCGCCAUGUCACAAUUCUCUGGAUGGCUACAGUCGCCGGAUUUCCAGAUGAGUUACCCGAAUGACUGUAGCGUUUCCUUUCACGGCUAUGCAGUGUCUGCAAACGACGAAAACGUCCUCAGCUAUCAGUCAAAGGAGAACUUGGACGAACGGAGGUCUCGACUGAUUACAACGUCAAACGUAACUAUAGUGUUGAUGUCAAACACUGUUGUCAACAGAGGACUGACGUCAGAAAUGCAACACGUCAUCGACGGAGAAAACGUCACGCUAAGCGUCAUCGAUGGUCAGUGCACGGGAGAUGUUGGUGUUUUCUUAGUAACGGUUGCGACUGCAGAUUUUGGAGGCUCAACAUUUGAGAUCAAAAAUCGAAAAACUCACUUCCACAUUACUAGCUGUACUUUGACUGCAUUCUGUUUGAUUAAUGGUCCAGCCUUUAAUAUCUGGGCAGCUGGGAGAACUUUGAACACAACUGUAAUGUUUGACAACAUCAUUACUAAUAAUGACGUCACAAUCAAUGAAGCCUUUGGUACAGUUUCUCUUUUACAACGGGGAAUUUAUUUUCUAAGCUUGACUGUUCAUGCCUACAACGACUCUGUAGUUUUGUCCUCCUUGGCCGUAGAUGAUGUCAUCAUCCGUAACCUCACUGUGACGUCACCGCCUGACUGUCACACCGUGUCAACAAAUGUUGCCCUUCUUCCAGUGCAAGCGAUGACAACUAUUAAGAUCAAGAUACUAGUCGGAGAAAUUGGAAAGCUAGGGAUGUAUAUAUCCGGAUUUUUGAUUUCUUCCUUUGAAACUUAAAGUAUUAUCUCGUUUCAGCAAAGGAGAGUUUACAAAACUUUACAUUUUCUCAGUUUUAUUACACUUGUUAUUUUGCAAUUAAUUGUUCUAAACGGACCAAUAAAUGUGUUUUUUAUAGCGAGAUCUAAGAAAAAGUACGAGAGGAAAAGAACGAGCUCAAUCUACAAAUUCAUCAAGAAAAGUUUUUUUGAGUAUAGCUCCCGUAGUGCUAUGCCAAAAAAAGACUGAGAUAUAACUCAUAACCUACAGUUCUUUGAGGUUUGAGGACACAUUUUAAUUAUUGCACAAGCUUUGAUGAGACCCAAAAUUUUUUUACAUGCUUUCAUCACAUCGUAUUGAGUCGAGAUACAUAAACAAAUGAUUAUAGAUUUUAUAUCUCGAUUUAUACUUUUGAUCAAAUUAAACGCAAUUUACAUUUCACAAUCUACA